GAGGCAUCGGUAUUUAACGAAAGAGUCAGACCUUUUUCGACACAAGACCAUAUGACGCCAGAAAAGACAACUGGCAUUCCAAAGGUCCCGACUUGGUGUGGCGUCAUCGGCGGUGCCCUGGGAGCCCUUGCGUCUUGAGAGUUUUGGGGACGACGAUUCGCCGGCUUCUCCUCUCCUUAUGUCGCUGCCAGGGGAGCUGCGCGUGCCUGAUGAACUCGACGCGCAGUGCGAUGGCCCUGCUUGCCGUGGGGGCUUCGCCGGCAGGCUCGACAUCGCGGCUUUACUUGAAGAGCAGCUCAUUUUGCCUGAGGGCGUGGACUGCCUGGAUGGCGACCCGGCAGUGCUGGACCAGCUGUUUGACCUGGCGCGCGCCAAGUCUGAGCCGGCGCUGGGCGCUCACGCGCUGCGGCCGGUGCGCGACCCCUUCAAGGACCACCUGCUGGCGUGGCUGCACGCCGCGGAGGCCUUCCACCCGGAGGCGUUUGCGCUGAUGCAGGACUUGUUGCUGGUGGCUGACAGCGCUCUGGGCCUGGCCUCGCUGGCACUGAACGCAGUGGCGGUGUGGUGCUUCUGGCAGCACGGCUGCACGGGCGUGGCCAUCGCGGGCGCGGUGCUGCUGCUGGCGCAUUACCCCGCCUCGGCGGCGCUGCUGGCGCUGCAGCUCAAGGGCCACCACCGCGCCAGCGCCUGGCUGGCGGUGCCGCUGUACGACCUGGCGGCGAUGGCGGCGCUGCCGCCGCUGCAGCGGCGCUGGCGGCGCUGGGCGGACCGGCGGCGGCUGUUCCGGCGCUGGCCGCGCUUGGCGGAGGCGGAGCUGUGGCUGUGGCAGUACCGGGCGUUGCGGCAGGUGGUGAUGGCGCUGUUGCACGCCCUGCCCAUCGCGGUGCUAAUGGUGGUGGGGCUGGCGUCGGUGAAGCAUACCGCCGCCGUGCCCCUGCCGGGCUGGAAGAUGGGCGUGGCGGCCGCCGCGGCGGCCACGGCGGCGGCAGCGGCGGCGCUAUGGCUGGGCGAGGCGGCUCUGAACGCUCGGUGGGGCGGCCAGAUGAGCUUGCUGUCGUACCUGGGGCUGGCGCUGAGGCUGCGGGGCAGCAAGAAGCUGCCGUACGAGUGGCAGUCCCAGCUGGCGGAGCAGCGGCUGAACAUAAAGCCCGACGCGCCCGACUUUGUGGAACUGAGCCGGUUGCAGCGCUGCCAGAUCUUACGGCUGGCGCUCAUGCGGCCGCACUUCACCGUCAGCAAUGCCGCCACGCACCCGCGGCCACCGCCGCGCGUGCAACACCACCGCAAGUCCUCCGCUGCGGGCAGCGCUUCCGGCGCCGCAGCGGCCGAAGCAGGUGCCGGCGGGGGCCGUGGCGGACAGGAGCUGGCGCUGACGUCAGAAGGCUGCUGGCGCUCCCCCGGGGCGGCUGCGGGGUGUGGGCAUGCGGUGGCGGGCUGCGGCGCGGCGGUGCUGGCGCUGCGGGCGGCGUUUGCGAAGGUGCCGGGCUGUGGGCUGAUGUGUGCCCCCGGUGCCAAGGCGGCGCGGCGCGGCUCCGGCGGCUCUGACAGCGGCUCUGACUCGGACGGGCGCCGGCCGCAGGCGCCGCCGUCGGCCUGCCUGCUGCUCACCACCAAGGGCGCCGUGAAGGCGGCAGUGGAGCUGAUGCAGGGGCCCCUGGCGGCGGCGCGCUACAGCCUCAUGGCACACGCCCGCCCCGCCGCUGGCAGUAGCAGCGGUGGCGCCGGCGCCUGCGCUGGUGGCGGGGCGGCGGGCGGGGCGGAUGCGGGUGCCGGCGGCCCCAGUGGCGAGUUCGGAGUGAACCUGGUGUCCUUUGUUGACGCGGCGGCGUGCAAGCACUGCUGCAAGCUGCUGGACAUGGUGGUGCGGCAGGGGCUGCAGUCGCUGAUGCUGUGCGACUCAAAGCUGCCGCUGGAUUUCUUCGGCGUGCUUACCGGCUACCUGCCCAGCCCCAAGUGCGUGCUGAGGAAGCUGGUGCUCAAGGACGUCAUGGGCUCUGGCAUCAGCACGCUGUGCAUGCUGUGCGACGCGCUGUCGCACAACUCCUCCGUCACCUCGCUGGACCUGUCCAACAACCAGCUGUGGGGCCUGCGCGGCGCCAAGGAGCUGCGCGCCAUGCUGCGGCGCAACGGCGGGCUGCGCACGCUGCUGGUGCCCUUCUGCAACAUCGCGUCGCCGGGCGCCAUCGAGAUUCUGAAGGGUGCGGCGGAGAACGCCACGCUGGCCGUGAUCGACCUCAGCCAGAACCACGUGGGCGACGACACGCCCGACUGGGCCGACCUGUACGCGGCGGCGGCGGCGGCGGCCGCAGAGAAAGGAGCAGCAGCAGCAGCAGCGGGCCCUGGCGGAGCAGGAGGGGCGGCGGGGCCGCGCAACGGCGUGAUGCGGGAGAUCGACCUGUCCUUCAACUGGGUGCAGGAGUCUCUGGCGGCCUGGACUGCGUCUCUGCUGGAGAUGUUCCCCACCCUCACACGUCUGCUGCUGAACCACAACUCAGACGCCGCCGCCAGCCGCGUCGUGAGCCGCGCCGCCACGCCGCGCACCAUGACGCCCCGCACCCUCACGCCGCGCACCCUCACGCCCUCGAACCUGCGCCCCGCCAGCGUCACCGCCAGCGCAGCGGCCGCCGGCGGUGGCGGCGCGGCGGCGCUGCCGUCGCCGGCGGCGCUGCAACAGGCCCCCAGCUCCAGCAUGCUGUCGCCGACUGUUUCAGAGCGACUGGCGGCACUGCCUAUGGCGGGUGGUGGUGGCGGCGGCGGCGGUGUCGGAGCGGGGGCAAUGCUGGCACUUCGCCAGAGCAACUACAGCGUGGCCAGCGCCGCCGACUGGCAGAACCAGCUGCACUCGCAGUAUGGGGCGGCGCCACCGCUGCCGCCCUGGGCGACGGGCGGCGGCGGUGGGGGCGGCGGCGGCGGGGGCGCGGGUGACGCGCCGAGCCGCAGCCGCGGCCAGCACCUGAUUACGCACCUGGAGCUCUACACACUGAGCCGCACCGCCGGUGCAGGCGGCGGCGGCGGCGCGGCGGGACUCACGUCCUUUGGCGCCGCCACCGCGCUGCUGCGCCGCAGCCUUGCCCGGGCCUCCGGCGGCGCAGUCGGCGCGGCGCCGCAGAGUGGCGGCGGCGGAGGCGGCGGCAUCGGUGGCGGGGGCGGCGGGCUUUCGGGUUCGCUGGGCAGGGUGGCGGCGCGGAUGGUAUCGGCCUGGACGACGAAGCGCAGCGGCAACUGCGGCGCAGGCGGCGGCGAUGGCCCUAGCGGCUCCGGCGCCGCCGGCGGCCUCGGCGGCGGCGGCACGACCAGCGGCGCCCUGGUCAGCAGCAAUGGCGGCAGCGGCCCAUUGCUGUCGCAGAGCACGGCACCGAUGCUGGGCUCAACAACCGGGGCGGCGGCGGCAGCGGCGGCUGCCGCCGCCGGCCGGCCCGCCAACAGCCUGUGGGUGGCGGUGGCGGCGAUGGAGCGGUUGGACUUGCGCGGGCUGCCGUUCCCGGCCUGGUGGGCGCGGUCCGCCGCCAAGCCGAGCUCCGUGGUGAUCGACGACUCGCAGGUGUACGACGACGGUGUGGGUGGCGGCGGCGGCGGUGGCGGCGGCGGCGCCCUGGCGGCGGCGCCGGCGCCCAUGGCGGUCAUGGAGCUGCCGCUGGGCGUGGUGCGCAUGCUGGAGUCGGGUCUUUCGCAAGGCAUGCUCGUGGUGGACCUAACGAGCCCCGACCUCCGCUGCGCCAGCCGGGCCGUGCAGCUGGCGGCGGUGUACCUGGCCCUGCAGCACGCCACGCACAUCACCAUCUCCAACGCGCCGCGCGCCGCCGGCCCCGGCGCUGGCCCCGCCUCCCUCGCCGCCGCGCAGCAGCAGCAGCUGCAAAGCAUCAUGGCGGCGGCUGCGCUGAACCCGCUGGCCGGCGGCGGCGCCGGAGCCAACCUGGCGUUGCUGCGCUCUUCGACGUCGUCGUUUGCGCGCGCCAACUCGGGCACAGCGGGCUUCGGCGGCCCCUGGUACGGCGGCGCCGCCGGCGGCAGGCUGCAUUCCGAGACCGGGCAGUACACUGGCGGCGGUGGCGGCGGCGCCGUUGGGCUGCCGCAGCUGUCGCCGCGGUACGGAUCCGUUGCCACCAGCGGCACCGCCAACACGGUGGCGGCAGCGGCGGCGGCGCUUGGCGGCGGCGGUGGCUCCAGCCAUCUGACGGCCUCUGGCUCCUACCGCAGUGGCGCCGGCGCUGUGGGCCCCGUGGGGCCGCUGACGGCAGCGGCCCUGCUGCCGGCCUCACUGGCGGCGGCGCCGGCGGACGGCGCCGCCGCCACUGCAGCGUGGCUGGGCGCUGGCGGCGCCGCCGGCGGCGCGAGCAGCCGUCUGUCACAGACCCGCCGCAACGCGGAGCUGGCCAGCGGCGGUGGGGUCAACGUCCCCAGCAUCAGCAGCCUUCACCGCUUCGCCAUGCAGCGCAGCGGCAGCAGCGUCAGCAACAGCGGCGGCGGCUGGCCACCGGUGCCGCCGGUCGGGCUCACGGCCGCGGGCGCGGGCGCGGGCGCGGCAUCCCUGGCGCCACCGCCGCCCGCAGUCCGGCACUCCAUGCAGCCACAUGGCACCGUGCACGCCGGCGCCGUGCAGCAGCAGCAGCAGCAGCCGCCGCACAUGUUCCACAGCCACUACGUAGUCGGGCCUGGCGCCGCCAGCGGCCGCUUUAUGCCGGCGGGGCCCGCCGGACUGAAUCCCUACCACACGCCGGCGCCCUGGUACCUAGGCAGUGGCGGCGGCAGCGGUAUCUACAGCGGCGGUGCCGGCAGCGGCGUAAUCCCGACGUUCCCCAUCCCCGGCCAGUCCGCGCUCAUGCAAAGCCAGCCGGGCUCCACCUACGGCGGCCCCAGCGGCAGUCGGGUCGGCGGUGACGUCGAGAAGGGGCCGGCAGUCAACGACACGGCAGCGGCGGCAGCAGGGGCUCAGGCGGCGGCUGAUGGGGCUGACAGCCAUGGCGGCAGCGGCGACGUUUCGUUGCCAGGCAUGGCGGCAGCUGCCUCGUCGCAGUCACGUGGCAAUGCCAAGGCGGACGGGGCCGCCGCCGGCGCCACCACCGCCUCCUCGACAUCGGCUUGCAUCCACAUGCAGGUGCCCUCAGCCGCGGCGGCUGCGGCGACGGCGGUGGCGGAGCGGCGGCGGCAGCGGCAGCUGCGGCGCGGCGGCGGCGACCUGGACAUUUCCACCGCUGGGCUGUUCGUCAUCGGCGGCUCAAGCCGCGGCGCCGACAACAGUGGCUCCGACGGCAACGGCGCUGGCGAGGACGCAAGCAUGCGUGGCGAGGGUACCGGCACCGACCCCGGCGGCGACACCUGCGGCGACACGGGCGGCGACACGGGCGGCGAGGAGGCUGACGUGGCCGGGCUGGUGCAGCGGGCGCGCGGCUCCGGCCGCGCCUCCUCCGCCGGCGCAUUCGCCAGCGCGCCCGCAGGCAGCAGCUGCAAGCAGCUGCGCGCUGGCGCGAGCGGCGGCCUUGACAGCGCGGAUGAGGAGGAGGCGCUGCUUGCCUCCAUCAGCCACGUCGUCGUCACGGGCGGCACGCGCGGCAGCGGCGAGCGGGGCAGCGGCCCCGGCGGCGGCAGCAGCCGCCCCAGCGGUGGCAGCGGCGGCGGGCGCAUCGCGAUCGCCGCCGGUGGGCCGCAGAUAUCGCUGGCGCCUGGCCUUGCAGAGCUGCCCCGUUUCAGCGAUGUCGGCGGCGUCGGCGGAGGCAGUGCGCUGACCACCAUUGAUGCAAUCUUUGGGACGGACACAGCGGUCAGCGGCAUCUCGCCCUUCAUGGCCAAGGUCGGCGCCGGCGUCAGCACCAGCUGCAACAUCAACUUGAGCGUGGAGCACCUGGCAUGCGGCGGCGGCGGCGCGGGCCGCGACGCUGAAGGCGAGGGCGAUGGCGAUGCAGCGCUGCUGACUAUGCCAAUGCUGCGGAUGCGGCCGCCCUCGGCGGCGGCGGCGGCGCCCGCCCACCUGCGCCACGAACGCCAGCCGCUGGCGAGUCCGCUGCAGAGCAGCGUGCGUGCGUUGCUGGAGACAGACGACCGCGACGUCUACGGUGAUGGCGACACUGGCACGGAUGCCGACGGCGAUGGGGCCGCUGGCGCUGAAGAGGCUGACGGCGCAGCAGCCGUGCUGCCGUCGACGGCGAAGAGGAUGGCAAUGGGCUCGGCGCCGCCGCUGCUGGCCCGGGCGGCUGCGAGGGCUGCCGCGGCAGCGGCGGCGGCGGCGGGCGCUGGCGGCAGCGAUGACUUGGCGGACCUGAGGCGGGCGCUAGCUCCACGCAUCAGCGAUGCUGUAGCGGGCGGCGGCGAGCCCGCGUCGGGCCGUGCCAGCAGCGCGCUGACGGCUGGCGCCGGCGGCGUGGCGAGCGGCCCGAGCCAGGGGCCGCUGGGCGGGCCCAUCGGCGGCGGUGACGGCGGCCGCGCGGUGUACGGCGUGUCGGCGGCCGCGAUGAUCGGCAACACCACGAGCGGCACCCUGGGCUCCUCGCUGCUGCUGGAGUCGGACAUGGGGUUGGAGAUGAUCGAGGCCGGCAUUGCCAUGCUGCGAGCCGGCUCCACGGACGGCAUGCGCCGCACGGCGCCGCGGGGGCCGCACGGCGCCGCCGCGGCCGCAGUCGCCGGCAGCAACGCGGCCCGGCUGCGCGCGCUGUCACCCGGCGGCCCAUCGACCGCGGGGGCGCUUGACGCCGCCUCCGAGUCCCUAUCCUGCCUGACACUCGACGGCUCGGAGACGAUGUCGGGCUCAGCGGCAGUCAUCGCAGCCGCAGCCGCAGGCGCAGCAGCGGCCACGCCCACGCAGCGGCAGGCUGCAUCGACAAGGUCGCGUGUGGGCUCGCCCGCCUCGCCACCGCCCGCGGGCCAGGGCGCCGCCGCCAUCGUGACAAUCGACGCCGCCCGGCCCGCCGUGCUGGGUGCGGUGGGGGACCUCCUCACGACUGGCCUCAUCGCCGCCGGGUCCUCCGGCGCUAGCACCGGCGCUCCGGCGGCGGCAAGGCCCGGCUCCGCGGCCGCUGCAGGCAGCCUGCCGUUCCCCGGCAGCAAUACUGGCAGCAGUAGCAACGCCCCCGCGAGCGCCGGCGCGGCGCGUGAGUCCGCCGGCCAGCGCUCCUCCUUCUCCUUCGCGCCCUUCCGCCGCAGCUCUACCGACGUGCAGGGCAUGACCGCGGCGCAGCAGCAACAUGUGCAGGCGUUGAUGGUGGCCGCGGCGGCGCCGCUGCUGGUGGCGGCGCAAGCGCUGCCGUCCAACGGUCAGGCCGACGCCGACGCCGACGCAGCAGUCGUUACUGCAGCGGCGGCACGCGGCCAAGGCAACGCCGACAACAGCAGCAGCAACAGCAACAGCGGCGGCACUUUUAGCCCGGAGGCCAAUGUGGUCAUGUACAUAAAUGCGGCGGGCAGCCUGCGUGCGUCCGGCGGCAUGGUAGUGCCCUGGGUCAAGGGCCGGCGCGGCAGCAGCGAUGCAGGUACCGGCGGCGCUGGCAGCAGCCCCACCGCAUUGCUUCCGCCGCCCCUGCCACGCAGCACAAGCCCUGCACCAAUUGUUUCCGCGCCCGCUGGCGGCUGCGGCGCGGGUUCCGACGCCAGCGACAGCGCUGCGGCCGGCGCGGGUGCUGUCGGCGGCAGCCCAAUCAACGCUGAGGUCAUUUCUGGCGUGUUGCCAAUGGUGGUAACGCCCGUGCUGGCUCCCCCCACGAUGAAGGCCGGCUCCAUCAGCAACGGCUCGGCCAUGGCAGCGCUGGCGUCCCUCGUGGCCGCCGCCGCCACCCCCAGCAGCCUGGCCAACAGCGGCAGCGCCGCCGGCGCCAGCACCGCCGAGGCCAUGGCGCAGCUGGUGGCGGCGGCGGCGGCGGCGCUGGACAGCAUCCGCUGGGAGGACAACCGCGCGGCCGGCGGCGGCAGCAGCACCGGCGGCGGUGGCGGCGCUGCUGCGGGCGGCGGCGUGGAACGGCGGGGCAGCGGCUGGCGCGGCAGCGGCGCGGCAGGGGGCGGCGGCGCGGAGGCGGCGCCGAUGGAGGAUGAAUACGUCGAGAGCGAGCUGGACAUCUCAUUCAGGGCGGAGGCUGAGGCGUACGCAGCGCUGCGCAGCCUGCGCAACACCUCGCACACGCUGGCGUCCGGCGGUAAUGGAUACGGCAGUGGCGAGGGCGCCGGCAGCAGUGGCGGCGGCGCCGGCGUGAUCGCGCCGCGCAUGCUCAGCGAUCUGCUGCAGGCGGGGCAGCUGCAGCAGCUGCAGGCGCUGUCGCGGCAGCACCAGGCGGCCCUGGUGGAGGCGCUGGCGGCACGACAGGGCCAGGGGCAGCAAGGGCCGGCGCCGAGGCAAGCCCAGACGGGCGAGCAGCUGGCACAGCCGCCGCAGCAACAACAGCAGCAGCUGGAGGGAUUGCAGGCGCCCCUGGCAGCGGCAGCCGCUUGCGCCGAGAGGGACUCUGGCGACGGCGCUCAGACGCCGAACGCUGCGUCCGCCGCGGCCAAGUCGCAUGGCCUGCCGGCCGAGCCGCCGGCCGCCGCCGCCUCUGCUCCCGCGCCGUCGGGCACCAACGGUGCCGACGACUCGCUCCGACCGCCGCCUGCACUCGCCGCGGCGGCCGUGCCGGAGACGGCUGCGUUGCGCCCUGCUGGCCGGGGCAAACCUCCUGCCGGCGAUGGGCCCGCCGCCGCCCUCGGCCUGGCGGCGAUGCGCUUCCGCAGUGAGAACGGCGACGUGCGGGUGCGGUCCGCGCUGCCUGGCGGCGGCGGCGGAGGUGGAGGCGGCGGCGCAGGUAGCCGAACCGACUCAGCCGCGGUGGCCGCGGCGGGGCUCCCGGCCUCUCUCAGCAGUCACCGCGGCAGCGCGCGCCUGGCGCCGGCUCUGCUGGCGAUGACGUCGGGUAUGGGCGUGGGUGUACCGGUGCUGGCGCGUCGGCCGUCAGGGCCGCCGUCGGCGCCGUCUGCGAUGCUCCUGGCGGCCGGCGGCGCGCACGGCGGCGGCGGCGGCGGCGGGCCGCUGGCCAUUGCACUGCCGCCCAGCCUGAUGCGCGUCACCAGCAGCCGCCGCGCCAGCUUCGGUCUGCACACGCACUUUGAGACGCCUGCGGCAGACGGCGGCGAGACCAGCACGGCCAACAGCAGUGACAUACCCGUUGCCGGGCCGCCGCCACCGGUUUCGGUGCCGCCGCCGGCCUCGGGCGGUGCGGCCGGCCCAGCCCUGGGUCGCUCCUUCCUGAGGCCGAGCGGCGCGUCCGCCGGCAGCUACCCGCAGCAGCCCGGCGCGAACCCCAUCAGCUUGCCACCCCACCUGCAGCUGGCGAUGGCGUCCAACGGCAGCACCGCGGGCACCGCGCCCGCGUCUGCUGCGCCCCACGCUGCGGGCCAGACGGGUCACAUGCACCACCUGUCCUCUCAGGGCUGGGCGCCCGCGUACGGCGGCGCCUUUGGCGGCGCCCGCAGAGCCUUCACCGGCCCCGGCGGCGGCCCGUCGAGCGACGGCAACGACACGGAUGCGUUUGACCAGCCGGCCGCGACUGGCGAGGUAAACAAUGACCCGGGUGUGAUGUACGAUGGGGCUGCAGGAGGCGGCGCCGCCGCCGCCGCCCUGCCGCAGCCGAGCAUGGUCCGCGCCGCUGCUGCGGCGGCGGCGGCGCUGGGGCUGGUGGGCUCGGGCGGCGGGGGCGGCGGCGGCGUUGGCGUGGAGGCUAGCAACGCGGUGGCUGUGGUGCUUGUGGUGGGCGGCGAGGGCAUGCUGCGGAUGCCGCUGCGGGCGCUGGAGCUGCCGCUGCGGGCGGCGCUGGCGAGGCGGCCGGGCACCACGGUGUCGUUCCGGGUGUCGGGCCUGAGCCACGACGGCAUGCGGCAGCUGCGGGCGCUCAUGGGCAUUGCCAAGGUGCCCAUGCCUGAGCGCACCUACGCCUGGCUGCUGCCCUCCCAGUCCAUGCAGCACCUGUCCAUCACAGGCGUGGCGCCGCCGCCAGGCGCAGGCGCCGCCGCCGCCGGCUACAGCGGCUACAACGCCCUGGGCUUCAGCGGCUACGCAGGCGGCGGCGGCGUCAGCGGCGGCCAGAGCGGGCUGCGCAUGGCGCUGCAGAGCCUGGUUGCCAUGGGCAGCAACGUGUCCCGUGCCGUGAGUCGCAUGGACAGCGGCAACGGCUUUGCAGGCGGCGGCGGCGCCGCCGCCAGCGGUACGGGUACAGCGAUGUACAGCCACAUGCCGUCGUACUACGACAACCUCGGCGCGCCGCUGGAUCUGGGUUACAUCCUGCCGCCCAUGGAUUCCGCAGAGCCGUCCGGCUACCUCAGCGGCUAUAUGAUGGGUACCUAUGCGCCGCAGCAGGCGGCGGCGGCAGCCGCCGCCUACCAGCCGCAAGGCACGGAGGCGGCGGCGGGGACGCUGGACUCUCCCCCGGAGGGCGCGCAGCCGGCGCCGACGGCUGCGCAGCUUGUGCUGCAGUCCCAACCGUCACAGCAACCGCUUCCAUCUCAGCGGCUGCUGCAGGCACCCCCGGGCGUGGUGAACCGGGAGGAGCUGUUGGCACUGCAGCUGCAGUUCAGCCGCGGCCUCUGCAGCGGACCCAACUCCAUGGACCGGAGCGGCGUGGCGGGUGGCAGCGCCGGAGGAGCAGGCGGAGGCGGCAGCAGCCGCAAGCCGCGCUCCGCAGAGCGCCGAGCUGGCGGCGCCAACCCCGGCCAGGCCGUGCCGGCUGGCUCGAAUCCCGUGGCGGCCGCGGCCGCGGCGGCGGCCGCAUUUGGCCAGGCCUAUGCGGACGGCCGCAGCGGCGCUGACGGCGCCGGCGGUGGCGUGCAUGUGAGCGCGCCGCUGGCCCGGAUGCCGCCGUCGACGGCCGCCUUCCAGCCUGGGUUACCGCCGCCGCCGCCCUCCAACCCAGCCUCGCGCCGCUCCUCCGCCGUCAGCCCACCUGGAAGCGCCACCUCCCACCACGCGAGCCACGCGGCGCAUGCCCACCGCGCCUCGCUCGGCAGCUUCAGCUCGCGGCCCGGCUCCGCCGCCGCUCCCGCGCCGGUGCCGGCGCCUGCUGGGCUGGCGGCGCCACCGCCGCCAGAGCCUGACCACCUGCAGUCGCCCUUCGGCGCCACAGGGCCCGCCGGGACACCGUUCCAGGGCCACACGCCGCGCGGCAGCCCCCGUGGCACGGCAACCGGCGAGGACCCGGCGGCGGCUGCCGCGUACCUGCAGCAGCAGCAGCAGCACGGCAUGUACAUGCCGCAUCUGGUCCGGAUCCACACGGGACACGCCCUGCCGCUGUCCGCAGGCCGGCGGCCCAGUAGCGCCGCGCCUGUAGCGACGGCGGCUGGCGCCGGCACCCGCCCGCUCAGCGGGGCAAUGUCCUUGGCGGCAGCGGCGCCGCCGCCUCCACAGGGCAUGGUGCUGGUGCAGCUGCGGACGUCCUCCCGGCCCGCUAGCGGCCGCAACGUUUUGCCCGCUGGCCAGGCAGGUGCGGCCGCGUCGUCCUCGCAGCCCUCCAACGUGCAGCUGCUCCUGGGCCGCGGCGCCCACCACGGACCCAGCCCCCACGCCGCCGCGGAGACGCAGGCCGCCGUCGCCGCAGCCAUGGCGGCACUGGCGGAGCGCGCGAACGCCGCCGGCGGCCGUUUGCGGCCGCUGCCGCCGCCGACGGUGCUUCAGGCCAGUGGCCUGUUGCACGGCGCCGCCGGCGGUGGCAGCAGCCUGUACGGCAGCUAUGGCGGCGGUGCCGCCGGCGCUGCCGCAGGCAGCCACAUGAGCGGCGCAUACGUGGUGAGUGGCACGGUCUUGAGCAGCGGCAUGAUCCUCGCGUCCGGUGGCGAUGCUGGCGGUGGUGGCGGCGGCGCUGGCGGUGGCGGUGGCGGUGGCGGCGGCUCGCGCAGCCACUACUACAGCGGCGGCUCCGUGGCGCCUGUAGGCAUGAUGGACAGCCUGCCUGAUGAGGACCCUGCAGUCAUGGAUGAUGAUGAGGAUAGCAAGUUCACAGGCACACUGGAGAAUGUGCGCCCCUCGGCGGGCCGCAUGCGGCCCGGCACCGCCACCAGCACCGGACGCGGAGCUGGAGCGGGUGUGGGGGACCUGCGCAGUGGCAACGGUGGCCACGGCGCCACCAGCCACGUGUGUGUGGGCGCAUUCGGCUCCACAGCGGAGUACCACCACACAGGCAGCGUCGGGCAGCAACAGUACCCGUCGGCCGCCGCCGCGGUGGCAGCGGCUUCUGCGAGCGCCACGCCCGCAGCCGCGCUGGCCGCCGCACUCGACGCCGGCGGCGGCAUGUCGCCGGGCCUGCUGCCGCUGCCCUCGGGCUCCGGGUGGCCUCGGGUGGCGCUGCCGCGCCCCAGCGGCGCCGGCGCCGGCGAUGACAGCGGCUGCACCGCCGGCUCCACCGGAGGUGUCCAGCAGUGGGCGCCUCUGCCGUCCUUGGGCCGGGUCAAUGCAGCGGCAGUGGACUCGGCGGGCGGCCUGCUGUCCGGCGCCUCGCCCUUCACGAGCCCCAGCGCCGCCAGCGGCAACCUGCUCCCGCCCCCCAUGGCCAGCCUGCUUGUGUCAGGUGGCAGCUUGCAGCGCGGAGGCCUGCACCGCAUGACCACGGGCGGCAGCAGCGGCCGCGUGGCGCUGGGCGGCCUGGGCUUCGGCAGCACCAUCGACAUGAGCGCCGGCAACGCCCCCAACAGCUUUGCGGCCGCUGCGGCCGCCGCAUUCGUGCAACAACAGCAGCAGCACCAGCACCAGCAAUACCAGCAGCAGCAGCAGUACCUGCAGCAGUACACGCAACAGCAACCCCAGCAGCAGUACACGCAGCACGCGCAGCAGCAACAGCAGCAGCAGCAGCAGUACGCCUCGUUUGGCGCCGCCGCCGAUGCGCUGCUGCCCAUUUUGCCGGUGCCGAUUCCGAUGCCCGCGGGCCCACUGAUGCUGGGCCCCGCCAGCGACGCCGCCAGCCAGGCCACCAGCCGCACCGCCUCGCCAAUGCCCGCCGCCGGCACGCCGGCCGGCGGGCGCAGCGGCGCCACCAGUGCCAGCGCCCCCCGCAGCGGCGCCAACGCCCAGCCGUCCAAGUCGCCCUCGCCCACUGCGCUGUCCAGCCUGGGCAUGCUGCCGCCACCCGACCCCUUGCUGUUCACUCAGGAGGGCGUGCUGCUGCCGCGGCGGACGUCGUCGGCGACCGACGCGUCAGGGCCCACAGCGGCUGGCGGCGGCAACGGCGCCACGUCUAGGCAUGUGCUUGAGCACCCGGCGUCGAGAAGCUCGCCGGUGAGGCCAGGGUCUGCGGGGGCCGACGGCGGCGGCGGCGCAGCCAGCCACCGCCAUGGCCAGGGGCUACGCGGGCAGGGGCCAUACGGUGGUGGCUCGGCCGCCUCGUCGCCGCCCACGCUGCACCUGUCUGGGGGCCAGGCGGAGGGCAGCGGCACAAGCGCGGACAUCGGCGGCCCCUCGGCGGUAGCGGCUGUGGCGACGGCAGCUUUGGAGGCGCGUGAAGGCGCAGGUGGCGGCGGCGGCCUGCUGCGCAUCGGCAGCAGUGGCCGGCGGCCGGCGGCUGAAGGGGCGUCUAGUAUUGGGAGUGGCGGAGGUGGUUUUCCAGCUGCUCUGCAGCAGCGCGUUAUGUCGCAUGGCGCUCCCAGCCACCCGGGCUCCGCGCAUGGCCAGCACUCGGCGCUGAUGGAGCUCCAGCAGCAGGGCGGCGUGCCAGGUAGCCAGGGGCAGCCGCAGCAGCAGAUGCAGGCGCAGCAGGUGCCGCAGCAGAUGCAGAUGCAGCGCAUGGCAGCCAUCCCCGAGAGCCGCCCCUUCCCGCGCCAGCACCACAACGGCGGCGGCGGCGGCGGCGACAUUGGCCUGUCGGAGGGCGAGUCCGGCAGCGGCGGCGACGGCAGCCACGAUUACGGCGGCGACGGCCAGCCCAACGUGUUGUACUCGGGCUGUAGCAGCGGCGAGGGCGGCAGUAGCAAGCUGCUGCUGCGCCGCGGCGGCACCGGGAACAGCGGCGGCGAGGGCGGCGACACCGGGGCGGGCGCGGUGGGCGUGCUGAGCUCGGGCAGCCACGCGGUGGGUAGCGGCGCCGCAGGUGGUGCAGCUGCAGCUGCUGGUGGUGCCGGUGUUGGCGGCAGCGGCGGGUGGCCGGUGCAGACGCUGGUUUAGCGGCAAAGGGGUCGUGUGUGUGUGUGUGUGUGUGUGUGUGUGUGUGUGUGUGUGUGCGCGUGUGCGUGUUGGGUGUUUGUUUGUUUCUAUAUGUGUGCACGAGGCCCGACAGCUCAACAUGCUUAACUGGCGCGGCAUGUCAGGGACCGUACUGUGCGGAAUGAGCGUCGCGAGUAACGUUCAAGCGCACUUCAGUCCACCAGUUCAAGGUCAUUUUUUAGUUCUGGGGACGACGUUGCUCAAGAGGCACUAUUUGCAAGGGCGCUUGACUCAAUCGAGAGUUGGUCGUUCACGCGGGAUGUAGAGAACAUCGUGUACGGUAUCCCAUACACCCUAUUUUGCGUAUGUUACGGAUUCGUCGGGCGUCAGCAUGGGAUCAAACGAAGGAGUAGGGAUCCCAUGCACCUAUCCUAUUACGGCACAAGAGCGCGCUAUGAGUCAAGUAGUUUGCGGUGGAGCUGGUCGUGUUACAGCGGUAUUGGUAUGACGAGGCAAGGGCCCUGCUAUUGCAAUCACAGUUCCUGGGUCGGAGUACAUACAUACGUCACUGUCUUGUGAGAGAUGGCCGCCGUUUCGGCAUUUUGCCUGGGUGUGUUUUGGGUGCGACGAGCAGACGCACGUGUUUGGUUGUUGUGGUCGUGUUUGGUUUGUGUGACUGCGGUCGGCUGAGCCUGUGCGUGAGCGCAUGUUGCGUCUCCGGGCCUGCUCCGCGAAAGGAUGUUGACUUUAGCUAUCUAUGCUCGCGAAAGAUUGCGCCUUAUGUUGGCUGCCUGUUUGGAGACUCGGCAUGAGCCUGUCCCGAUGACGGCAAGUCUAGGCUUAUGAAGGCGGCGUCCGCCUACCAUUAUAGUAUUCUUGCGGGUGACGCCUGACGCAUUGGCGGCGUGAUCUGUGUUUAUGGUGCAUUUGUGUGUGUGUGGCCCUACCGUGGGCGAGGAGCGGCGCCCGUUAGCGCUCGGCUACCCUAGAUACCGAAGCGCACGAAGAAGUUUGGCCAUUCAUGGAACGGACGCCGCAGGUACAGCCGUUGAUCACACGGCACUGACUGCCGGAGCUUACCACAAGCCGGUGCAGGCUAAAGAGCAAAGGAGCUGCGGUCGGUGUUCUGCGUUCCCAUGUUCCGGGUUUCCGGUAGGCGUGUGUUGGCAUUGGUUGGGACUGUUGGGAGAAGGACACAUCAUUGGGCUGAUUGCAUUCAUGCACACAUAAGAGACGUUCACGUUGGUUACUUCAGCUCGUGGCUGGGGGCCUGCUUCGCAAGGCAGGGCUGUAAUGCAUCUGAGGA